GCGCCCACACAAACGCAAAGCAGGAGAUGAAGCGUAGCCUCCAUGUUCUGGAGCCCAGAUAUGAUGUCCCAAGCCGCCACUACAUGACUGACACGGAGCUGCCUAAACUACACGAGUCCGUGAAAAAACAUAUCAACAGCCUACUGCAAGCCUCCUCUGUGUUUAGUUUCACCAUGGAUAUUUGGACAAGCAGUGUUAGCCCCGUGUUGCUAAUUAGCCUAACCUCCCAGUGGAUAGACCAGUUUCAUGCCGCAACGAGCCAUAUUACAUGCCAAACAAUUCCGCGGCUCGCACACCAGCCAGGCUAUAGCGCAUGUGUUUGAGGAAAUGCUCCAGACAUUGGGUAUACAUAAAACAUCAGUACAUGUUGUGCUUCGUGACAAUGCCAAAAACAUGAUUAAAGCCAUGAAUGACGCAGGGCUCCCAAGUCUGCCGUGUGUCGCGCACACGCUCCAACUGGCUGUUCACGAGGGCUUAUUAGCACAGAGGAGCAGAGCUGAUGCUAUAGCAGUGGGGCGGAAAAUAGUUGGGCAUUUUAAACAUUCCGCCUUAGCCUACUCCCGCCUCGAGGACAUUCAGGGACAGCUCAACCAGCCAAUAAAGAGACUGCAGCAGGACGUACAGAUGCGCUGGAACAACACGUAUUACAUGCUCCAGUCCCUCAUAGAGCAAAAGCGAGUGCUGGGGGUGUAUGUGUCCGAGCAUGAACUCCCUGACUAUCUCACCGCUCACCAAUGGGGUCUUAUGGAGACGACUGUUGCCAUCCUCGCCCCCUUUGAGGAACUAAAACUAAAAAGGCUUUAAACCAGAGCCAGACAUCAUCUACUCUUCACUGAAGUAGCCCACCACUGACGUCCAACCACUGACAUCCAGCUGCUGGUCUCUAACUGGUCCACACAGCCCUUGUAAUCACUCUCAGUGGUUGUAUAAGUUUGUCUGUAUAUAGUAUAACUAAAAGUAACUAAAAUGUAAAUGCAAUGAAUUGUUUUAAUUGUCCUCAGUAAAUUUUGCUUUUUGGUACAUUUCAUUUCUAAGCGUGGCACCAUUCUGUUGCUUCUAUGCAGCAGUGACCUGCUUCCUCUGCAGCAUCAGUAAACUUUGCGCCCACAUGUCGUUCCUGUUGUGUACUUCUGUGGGUUUUAGAAAGAGUGCUGAUGGAAAAUUUGAGCUGUGUUUCUAACUGAUACACACCUCUAUUCAGAGCAGAUAACAAAGAAAAGACAAACAGCUAAACCUCAACCACAGACUAAAAACAGCAGGAACAUCACUGAAUGGCUGAAAAGAUUCAGAACACAAUGUGUGUGUGUGUGUGUGUGUGCGUGCGCUUGCAAGCUUUGUGUUGAAAAAUGCUCCUCUAACGACCAUCUCAAGGCAAAAUCAUGGUCUGGUGCUGCCACCUACUGACACUGAAGUGCAACAGCAAGCCCUCCAGCACUGUCAAGGUGACAGAGUCCAAAAUGCACAGACCUGACAAGUUUGGGGAUGCAUGCUCAGAGUGCUGUGAUGGCUUCAAGGUAAAAAUAAAGAAAUAAAUACAUCUGUGUCCUUCAAAGUUUUCAGACACUGAAUGCUGUAUUUAAAUUAAAAAAAAGUGUUAUUUCCUGUGUUUUAAUGAAUCAAAUAACAUAUUUCCUUCACUGUCCUAUUGCCCUUGAACCUUUACUUCAUGCAUGUCACUGAGACUUGGCUUAACACUGGUGAGUCCAGUAUUUCAUCCGAACUUUUACCAGCGGGUUGUUCCUUUUUAACACAACAAGGACAUUGGGGAGAGGAAGGGAUACAGCAGUUGAUUUUUUAAAAGGAUUUUAAAUGUAAACUGUGCUCUUUGAAGCCUUCAUCUUUCAGCUUUGAGCUCACGUGUUUUGAAGUCAAUUGCUCCAACUCAGUACUCUUUGCUCUUAUUUAUUGUCCCGCUAAAUACAAUGAGAUUUUCAUAAAUUACUUUUCAGAAUUUCUAGCUGGGAUUAUGCUCAACUGCAAUCACGUUCUUAUUGUGGGAGAUUUUAAUAUCCAUGUCUGCUGUCCUGACAAAGUAGGAGGAGCUUUACUGACUCUUGUCACACAGUCUACCUGUGUCUAAUGUGGAAGUAUCAGAAGCUGUCUUUUCUGACAAUAUGGUUGUAUUAUUUGAUGCUGUUAUGGAAAAUCUUGAAUAAAACUGCAUCCACCA